AUGGCAGGUGCUGGUGAGCGCAAAGGCAAGAAGGACGACAAUGGCAUCGGCACAGCCAUUGAUUUUGUGCUUUCCAAUGCCCGGCUGGUGCUGGGUGUUGGUGGAGCAGCCAUGUUGGGCAUCGCCACCCUGGCAGUUAAGCGGAUGUAUGAUCGGGCAAUCAGUGCCCCUACCAGCCCCACCCGCCUGAGCCAUUCAGGGAAGAGGAGCUGGGAAGAGCCAAACUGGAUGGGCUCCCCUCGACUGCUGAACAAGGACAUGAAGACAGGCCUGAGCCGGUCUCUGCAGACUCUUCCCACAGACUCCGCUGCCUUUGACACAGAUACAUUCUGCCCACCCCGGCCCAAACCAUUGGCCAGGAGGGGCCAGGUAGACUUGAAGAAGUCACGACUCCGCAUGUCCCUGCAGGAGAAACUUCUUUCUUACUACCGGAACCGGGCAGCCAUCCCUGCUGGAGAGCAGGCUCGGGCCAAGCAAGCUGCGGUGGACAUAUGUGCUGAGCUCCGGAGCUUCCUGCGGGCCAAGCUGCCUGAUAUGCCACUUCGGGACAUGUACUUGAGUGGCAGCCUCUAUGACGAUCUGCAGGUGGUGACAGCUGAUCACAUUCAACUCAUUGUCCCCCUUGUGCUGGAGCAGAACCUGUGGUCGUGCAUACCUGGCGAGGACACCAUCAUGAACACACCUGGAUUCUUCCUGGUCCGUCGGGAGAACCCAGAGUACUUUCCUCGUGGGAGCAGUUACUGGGACCGCUGUGUUGUAGGUGGCUACCUCUCCCCAAAGACAGUGGCAGACACAUUUGAGAAGGUAGUGGCAGGCUCUAUCAACUGGCCAGCCAUAGGGUCCCUCUUGGACUACGUGAUCCGACCAGCACCCCCUCCAGAGGCCCUGACGCUAGAAGUGCAGUACGAGAAGGACAAACAUCUUGUCAUUGACUUCCUGCCGUCAGUGACCCUCGGUGACACUGUCUUGGUGGCCAGACCGCACCGGCUAGCUCAGCAUGACAACCUCUGGCGGCUGAGCUUGCGCCCUGCUGAGACGGCACGUUUACGGGCUUUGGACCAGGCUGACUCAGGCUGUCGGUCUCUGUGCCUCAAGAUCCUCAAGGCCAUAUGCAAGUCCACUCCAGCUCUGGGCCACCUCACUGCCAGCCAGCUAACCAAUGUCAUCCUCCACUUGGCCCAGGAGGAGGCUGACUGGUCUCCAGACAUGCUGGCCGACCGUUUUCUGCAGGCUCUGAGGGGACUCAUCAGCUACUUGGAGGCUGGAGUCUUGCCCAGUGCCCUGAACCCCAAGGUGAACCUAUUUGCAGAGCUCACCCCUCAAGAAAUAGACGAAUUGGGAUAUACUCUCUACUGCUCGUUGUCCGAGCCGGAGGUGCUGCUGCAGACGUAGGGCAGGUGAAGGCCGGAGUGGGCAUCGGGCGGUCAGACCCAGAGUCUCCGUUAGAAACACUUGGCUACAUGGUUGGUGCCUCACAGGGUCCCUAGGUGCCUCCUGUUCUGCUGGUUGUUGUCCUGGUCACUUCAGCUGAUUAGAAUGACAUCCUUUGGUUCCCCACCCUUCCCUAUUUUUGUUACCAGACACUGUGCUCCCUGCUGCCGCCUUGCUCUAGGCUGAUCUUUCUGGAACGAACAGAGAAGGUGGAGUGCUGGCCUCA